UUGCGAGUUACAAUAUCCUUGUUAUUAACCUUUAUUUCUCCUUUUGUAUCAAAUUUACAGAUUUUGCUUGAAGGCAAUUGUCUCACCGUAAGACGAAUAUUACUAUACCAUAUCGCCUUUUGAGUGCAUUGGAACUUGUGAUGGAUAACCAGUACUAAUUUGGCGCUCUUCUAACUAAAAGUUGUCGACCAGAGCCAAUUUCAUAGAAAGCCAUGGGUUCGAAAAGCGGAAUCUCUGACCACCUUAUGUGGAUUUUGUAUUUUGUUAUAGAUGGCCAAGGAUACGUGUGGUGUCUCUGUUAUACAUUUCAAUUUUGCAAAGAGGACAUUUGUGAGUUCACGGCUCCUAUGUUCCCUUUCAUUAUAUUGAAGUUGGAGAGUCAUGAUUCGAAUGCAGGCUGUGUUUGAAACGCUGCCAUAGUAAUUAGAAGCUAGCCCACCUCUACAAUGAAUGUGAGAUUGCGCACUUCUUGGGGAAAAAGAUCGGCUCUCAAGCUCCAUUGCACUAGAGGGAAGGGCUCGCUUUUUAAAUCAUUUUUUGACAAUCAAACAAACCUCAAUUGGUUUGUUGAAGUCGUUCUUAGGGUUUAUUUGCUCAGGGACCAGGCGGCAAAGACAAAUGAAAGUCUUGUCACCUUGUCAAAUGAGCAAUGAUCACGGCCUCUAGAAAAACAUAACCUAUGGGAGGAUGGCAUUCAGUUAAUUUUAUUCAAAUGGUUGACAUUGGUUAUGGGCAGAAGUCACAUCCUCUUUGGGAGAUUUUGUGAAUUGGUGCUCGCGUCUUCUUACUUGAGCCAAUGUUGCGAUCUAAAUUUUUUUUUGGUAGAUUUAUCUGAUUAAAG